ACCUGAGGAGCUUCAUCCAACAUCUACUGCUCAGAGAGCCAUCAGUUCCUCUGCUAAGGAGGGGUAAAAAUGAGCCAGCUCACAGAACUAGUUCUCCUUACAGUCUUCUUGGCACUCUUCAGUCGAGCUGAAGCGAAUCCUUUUGUUUACAACUAUGAGGCGCUGAGGAUCGGGGGUUUGGUUUUCACAGCCCUGCUUAUAGCUGGAGGGGUUGGAGUUCUGUGUUGGGGGCAGUGCAAACCAAAAAGAAAGGAUGAUGAAGACGCAAGCAAAAUCUAAGGAUCAGGGACUUCAUCUGCUGAAACUUUCUAAUGGAUUUUUAAUUGCGUAGAAGACGGUUUUAUUCUGUCUAUUUACUGAUGGCUAACUAGCUCCACUUCUCAUCUGUACUUUAUUUUAUUGUAGGGUUUCCUUUGUUUCAACCAUUAAUUUAUACAUUAAUCACAGUCCCUGCCCAAAAACUGAGCUUUUGAAUUUGUAAAAUUAUUCUAUAAAUUUUAGCAAUCUCUCAAAGUGGCGCUUUAAUAAAGAUUCUCAGUUAUUGGCCU